UUCAAUAUGUUUACAUUGAAAAUGUUUAGUAGUAUAGUAGUUUUAGUACUGUUACUGGUCAUUAGUGACAUAUCUAAUCUUAAUCCGUAGAUACGACUUAUUCUAUACAAGAAAUACCAUGAAAGUUUACUGCCUUAGUGGACAUCCAAAUCAGCCAUGUCUGGUAGUAAAGUUCAAGAGCACAACUAUCAUGUUGGAUUGUGCCCUAGGCCUUACAUCAGCUUUAAGCUUCUUGCCUCUUCCACUAGUUCACAGUGCACGGCUGGCAAAUCUGCCUAUGUGGAAGCCCAAGGACAGCUCACUAUCUGUGGAUGUGAAAACAGCCUGUCAGGAUCUGAAAGAAUGCGCUGGCGAACCAUUCAUUGACGCCAUGCCUGAAUUUGCGUGCCUGAGGCGUGGAACUGAGUUGCUGAAUCUUGAAGAGGUGGAUUGCAUUCUGAUUUCCAACUACAGAUACAUGCUAGCUCUACCAUUCAUCACUGAGUACUCGGGAUUCAAGGGCAUAGUGUAUGCCACUGAGCCAUCGCUGCAAACUGGAAGGCAAUUUAUGGAAGAACUAGUUCAUUACCUGGAGCGCCGACCAAAAGAACGGUUGUCAAACAAAUGGAAAAGUUCAGAUUUGCUCAGAUACGUGCCGCAGCAUUUCCGGGAAGCAAUUAAACAAAGCACUAGCUGGCGCCACUGUUACAGCAGGCAGGAUAUUCGCAGUAGCCUUGCUCGCGUGCAAAUGGUGAAUUUCGGCGAAAAACUGAGCUUAUUUGGCUGCGUGAAUCUGGCACCCGUUAGUUCGGGCUACUGCAUUGGGAGUUGCAACUGGGUUAUACAGUCUGCACACGAGAAGAUUGUCUAUCUAUCGAGUUCGUCCACCCUCACCACGCACCCCAAGCCGAUGGAACAGGCGCCGCUGCGUGACAGUGACGUCAUCAUUCUGACGGGACUCACGCAGACGCCGACGACAAACCCGGACAGCAUGAUCGGCGAGUUCUGUGUCAGUGCAGCUGUCACGCUGCAGAAUGGUGGCAACGUUCUCGUGCCGUGCAACUCAUCCGGUGUCGUCUACGACUUAUUCGAGUGCUUGUCUGCGCACCUGGACAACUCUGGACUGGGACAAAUCCCGUUCUACUUCAUCUCGCCCGUGGCUCGGGGGAGGGCAGCUCGCGCGAUGCGUACUCAAAAACAUAAGGUUUUCGAGUGGCUGUCACAUAGCAAGCAGAGCAAGGUCUACCUCCCUGAGGAACCGUUCCCUCACGCUCUGCUAGAAAAGAAAGGCAGACUCAAACGAUAUGCAAACGUACAUGACAUCGCUCACAGUGACUUCCGCAUGCCCUGCGUCGUCUUCGCCGGACAUCCGUCGCUGCGCUUCGGAGAUGCCGUGCAUUUCGUCGAGCUGUGGGGAAAGUCGGGCGGCAACACCAUCAUCUUCACAGAGCCAGAUUAUCUGCACCUUUGAGGCAUUGGCACUUAUCAACCCCUAGCUAUGAAAGCCGCCUAUUGUCCGAUCGACACCAGUCUGAGUUACGGACAGGCUAACAAGCUAAUAGCAGAGCUGAAGCCUCGUCACCUGCUACUAGCCGAUGCUUACACGCACCCUGUAGCCCGCAGGAACGACCUUCUCAUCGAAGCCGAAGCUUCUACAAUCACCUACACGAAAGGUCAGGUGGUGAAGACACCUCUGAGAAGGGAAUUUGAGUACAUGGAGAUCGACACAGAGUUGGCAUCCAAAUUAGAGCCGGUGGAGAUUAGGCCAGGCGUUGCCAUAGCAACGCUUACCGGUAACAUGUCCAUCAAGGACAACAAAAUUAUUUUGAAGCCACUCAGCGCGGACCCGCCACAGACGAAGAAGCGCCCCCUACAGACGAAACCCAGCAAGUACCUGUGGGGAGCCGUCGACGUGCCGCAGUUUGUGCAGGCGCUCGUGCGGCAGGGCAUUGCCGAUGUCAAGGUCACGGACAGCGGCGACGGACACAUCGUACACCUGCCGAACGAGGACACGCUGAUCCAGGUGGAGCAGAACUCGACGCACAUCUUCUGCGGCGGUGACGAGGAGUUUCGCCGCAAGCUGAAGGACGCGCUGCUGCGCUGUCUCUCAAAGUUCUGAAGGUCAAAGGUCAACCAGCGCCGACAACGACGUCACGCGACCCCCUCGCUAGACUCCCACCGGGG